AGCCGAGCAGCGGUGAAAGCUAGUUCAUCACCAAUGGCGCUAAAUUCACAGAUCGUCAACCUGCUGGUUGUCUUUGGCCUUGUGCAGAUCGCUAACCGUUUUGAUCUCGACAAUGAGGCCAAUGUGCACUAUCUCCGAGCCGCGUACAUGGGCAUGCAAGUGAUUGUUGCCAUUGUACUGUUCAUUGUGUACAGGAGAGUGUUGGCCAAAAAAGAUGAAACGCCUCUCGUUUAUACGGAAGCGAAGAAUCCUAUGGAACCCAAAAAUGUCGAGACCGUUCGGACAACGAUUAAGGACUACGACAUCACUAAGUUGAAGGAAACUCUUCGGGGUCAAGUUGUUGCAAUGGCCAUUUUGGGUUUCAUUCAUUACAAGUGGGGUUAUCUUCGACCACUUUUGCUGCAGUCUGUUCUGGGACUUCGCACUCUAUACCAAGCUCAGCUUGUGCAGGUGCAUAUUCUUGGAAAGCCAGCUACUGGCGACUUGGCCAGGCCAUGGAAAGCCGCGUCUCCUUUCGGCCAACCUCCCACCGCAGUCAGCGAAAAGGAACUCAAGGCCAAAGAGAAGAAGGAAGCGAAGAAGAAGCUCAUUCACCAAGAAUGAAGGAUGGGGGUGUCUACGUGAUAUUUGGGCAUUCCAAAAAGGAUCCUCUCUUUGUUCAUAGGGUUGAUUUGCUAAUUAAUAGAGUUUGUCUGAUCUCGGUUAUA